AUGGCAACGAGAACGGAAGAAGGAGAUUCCAAAGAUAUGUUUCGCAAAGGAAAAGAGCUUUGGAAGGCUCUGCGAAAUAAUCCUAUCGACAAAGAAAGAGUUAACGAGCUCCUCAGCAACGGGGCGCCUCCGAACUUCCGAGAUCCCGAUAAAACGGAGGUACACUGCACAUAUUGUAAAGAUUCUUAAUAGUAUCUAUUGUUCAGUAUUUUAGAUUUUUACGUUUUAAGUUGUAUGUAACAAAAACCUCUACUCCUCUGUUAAAACCGCGACUAAAGUGGCUAUUUUAUGGCGACUGGUCGACAUUCAGUUGUCAGACAUGAUUGUUUCAAGACAAAAUCCAUCUGAGUCUUCAAAAUCAUUUUGAUUCUACUGUACAAUUUGUUCCGCUGCUUUUCAACCUUACAAAAAUUCAGACAUUACCAAAGCUUGACAUAUGAGAAGAUGAGACAUGUCGAUUUGACAUUUGAUUUGAUUUCUUUCGCUGUAAACACACUCCUAAUUUUAGUCAACGGACUUUGUAGUUGUGAGUUUGUUAUGAGCAAUUUCGCAUCGUUCAUCAACCCCUUAAUUAGUUGAAAAACCAGUAUUACACUAAAAAUAACACAGUGCAAAUUCUCAUACAUACGUUAGAGACGUUUAGUUUGGCUUUUUACUUUGUAUUUUGCUAGGUUUUGAAUUCAGAAGAAAAUCUGACUUGCAAAUUGUUACAUCAUACGUAAAUAUAUUUAUUUUCGACUUUGAAGUCGUCGAGCUCACAUUUCAGUUUCUGGAAAAAUUCCCGUAUUUUAAUUUUCAAUUUUACGAUGGCCAGUUGCUAUUGUAAGCUUACUUGCGUAGUUCAAUCUCUAUAGUUAUUCGAAUUACAUCUAGUUUGGGGUUAAAAAAAGAAAAAAAAGUAUCAGGAUCUAAAAUAACAUUAUCUAUUUCAUGGUCGAUUUCAGUCAUUCGUUUUAAGCGACGUGAAUUGCAACUGUUUACCGUUUCUCCAAACACUUCUCUGAUCAAAACAAGCUCCAGUUUGAUUUCCGGCUCGUCAAUUGCCGAUAUUUUUUCAAGUUAUUUUGUCUUAGCUCAGCUUUACAUCUUGAACUUUAGAACUGCACCCUCGAAUUUCAAGAUUACUAUGUCAAUAUUGUGCAUGGAAAUUUAUGAUGAUAUAGACCGAACAUGCAGACUUUAGGACCUUCUCUCCACGUGGAAGAGUAUAGUUUAUGCCUGUAAUUCUAACCGAUAUAUAUAUAUAUAAAUUUAUGAAUGUGGGGCUAGAGUCUACCUUGGCUUAAAGUGCUCAAUGCUGUGGUAGCAGAACUGAGUAUACAUAGGUUAAAGAAUUAAAGAGGACGCAUCGAUUCUCUGCAUUAGCUCUAUAGAAUCAUUAUUUCACACGCAGAUUGGAUCAUCACACGAGUGAAUUAAUUAGCUACUUAUCUAAUUUGUAUAUAAUGUUCUUCAUUGAAUAAAUUUCUGUCUGACGAGCGCUAAGGCGCGUAACUCAGAGUCACGGAGAAUCGAUGCGUCCUCUUAAAGUCUUUAACUUAUGUAUAUAUAUAUAUAUAUAUAUAUAUAUAUAUAUAUCCAAAUGAGUAAAUAUUUUUCAUAAUACUCAUAUUUUUUUAUCUUGGAAGUACUUGAUUAUACUUAUCUGGUUGGUCUGAUAAGGAAUUAAGAGGCUGUCUCUCUUAUUUCCACCCGGUCAAUUUUGCGUCGAAAAUAAUUUUGCCUGAAACUCUGUUAACAGAAAGACUUUACCUAGGAAAGAACUAAAUUAGAUUUGGUUUGAUUCGAAAUAAUUUUCUGACUGCAUUAGGGGCCAUAAUUAUUUCCCAGUACGUAGGGCCGUAGCAACGUCCCGAAAAUUGAAAAAUAGGCAUAUUUUGUAACAUUGUAAAAUAUUUGAUUCGCAUAGUUAAGCCACAGAAUUUAUAUCAGAUUUCUUAUAAACCUUUCUAGUUUGCCAAGAAAGUUAGAAUUUGCCCUCUCAACAUAUUUGAAAAGGCGAAUUUUAGCAUAUUCUGACCACUAGAAAUCGCCAUCGGCCGAUGGCCGCAAAUAACCUUGAUUUAGACGCUAAGUUUUGGGAUUUGGGACCUGGUUGACGAUUCUAUCCUACACAGCCGUUAAGUUUAGACCUUUAUAGGCAAAACUAUGCAAAAACCCCUGUACGUUUUCGAUUUUUCAAAAGUUAUGACCGUUUGAAUCAGCACAUGUACGAGCAUUCGUGAUUUUUUCGCCUACACCAAAAUCGAACCACUGGAGCAGAUUUUGUCAUAAAUACAGCUUACCCGCUUUGCAGCCCGGCUUCAUGGCUGACUUCAGAAUUUUUCUAAUAACCAAAUUGGUGAAAUCCAUGAUAACUUCAACAAAUAGCUAGGUAUUGCCUUCGAAAAGUAGGCGGCUUCCAUCGUGAUUCGUGGUAUCAAAACAAAUGUCGGAAUUGGCCACAUUUCGCGGUGAAUCACCCAUUUAACAUUGCUGCAGAGCUGAAUUUUUUCCAAAAUCAGAAUAUAAACUCUCCAUGUCUGAAGUGAAGAAAUAAUCGCUUAAAUUUAGAUCCAGUUCGAUGUUAUACUGUUCUCAGAAAGGUCCGCACAAAAGAGAAGACCGCUGAUAGCUUGUGCCGUACGUUGUGCCAUAUGGUUUUGUUUUGUUUCCCAAUGUAAUAUUUGGGCAGAAAAAUUUUGGAUGAAAAGAAUAAAUGCUUUUACCUGGAGUUUGAUAUCAUAUAAUUAAUAAAUCAAUUUCAAAUAUCCUGAGCUUGCUUCUCUCGGUUCCGCGUCGAUUGUGUCCACAGAACAGCAACCUGUCGAUAGCCGGAGAAAUCGGCUACCAACGUGUUACACAUGCUUCGUAUGAACAGAUGUUAUAAGUGUUGCUUUUGGUAAAUUUUCAAUCGAUUUCAUCAAAACAUUUUACUGACUACUAGAUAUUAUAAUAUAUUACACUAUGACAACGCCGUCAGAACUUGAUAUCGGAAGUAAAGGUAGUUUGUAUCUGUAGAGCAUAUUCUACAUUUUCAGCCACCGUAUAAGACAUAAGUCUACUGAGAAACACACUGACAAUCACUAAUCACGUCCGACAGUUUGUCUAUGAGAAUCUGUUUUUUGUCUCUCAAUUUUACAGGAUCUCAAAAUGACUACAGAUGGCUCUCAACAAAACGACAUUGAAUUUCUGAAGUGUGUUAUUGUGGUAACGUUCACAGAGGUCCUACGUAUCGUAGCAGAUUGGAUGUGAGAAUUUGAUCUCUUUUUUAACUUUGUCUACCAGAUCUUGUCUCUCGGAAUUUUCCUGGACGCAUUGGAUAUCUUCCUCCUCAUCCAGUGAUAUCCCGAUCACACCCUGAUCUUUUCGCCGCAUUGCUGCUAGCCGGGAGAAAAAGCUCUGAACUUGGCUCUUUGUCAGCCACUAUUCUCUAGUGAACAAACGUGCAUUUGAUUCAUUUUUCGCAUUUCGCAUGUCCACUGCAACUUGGGCGGGGUCUGCCUUUCGCCCAGUUCUUUCUCCAAGUGUAAACCGUGCCGUUAGGUAUUCUUUUACCUUCUCUGAAAAUCUAACGCUGCCUCUUGGUUUGCUUACGGCCCAUCUCGUUCGUAGAGGCGAGUGGGGCGAAGUAUCCACGGGAGAAGUGAGUGGUGUACUAGAAUCUAACGAACAGCUCGAACACUCGAUACCAGCGGUAUCUAUCGACGAGAACUUAAGGGCCCAGUCCCUUUUGAUUGCAUCAUACUGGCUUAACCUGCUGACUGUAUGCUUUCCAACGUCCAGGUGCAGCUCCAGCUGCGAAAAGGUUUCGAAAACUUCAACACAUCCAAACACAGAGCAUUCAAACAAUGGCGUUGUACUCUCUGUUUCCUUGCUGCCCUUUGGACGACGCUUGACCACACGCUUUUCAGGAGGAUCAUAAAACCCUUGAGAUUCUAUGGUUUGAAGGAACGUUUGACCUUGGGUGCUUGAUAUAAAUUACGUCAUAUGGAAUGUACUUCCCUUUCCGAUGCCAUAACAUUUCCAAACUCUCAGACCGAUAUCUCCAUAUUCAAAGUUGUGGAAGCUACUAAAAUGCUCCGAAUCUUAUUUAUACAGAGAGUGUUCUUUAAUUCGUCUACUAUGCUUACUGCAGCUGUUGUUCUCUUCACUGGGUGUUUCGUCAAUGCGUAUCCUCUGUCCAAUGAAAGCUUUAACAACUUCGCUGAAGACUCGCUACAGACUGAAGCCUCUCUGGUUUAGAAAAAGCUCUUGCAUGCUAUUCUACACUUGCAGGCCUUCCAAAAAUAAUAAAUGGUCAGCGGGUUCACCCGCAAUUAUUAAUGCGGACCUCUGUUAUGCGCGAUAGUGCAAUCGUUCAGCUUUAAAUUCCAAAACGCCAAACUUCGACACAUAGACUUACAAGUGGAGUUCUAUGACUGAUUCUGGAAGAGAAUGCAGCUGCAAUCCAAAGUUUCAACGGGACAUUGAGCGCGAAACAUGGCCUUAGUUUUCGAGUUUAGUUCGCAACAACGAUUCAAAGAUUCAAAGUAUGAAUUUUGGAGGUAUUUGCUGGAGUUAUCAUAAAGUUCACCGGUUUGGGAAGCGAGGAAUAUCUGAAAUUUCACAUAAACCUAUGAUUUCUCCGGCUAUUGACAGGUUGCUGUUCUGUGGACACAAUCGACGCGGAACCGAGAGAAGCAAGCUCAGGAUAUUUGAAAUUGAUUUAUUAAUUAUCACGGAUUUCACCAAUUUGGUUAUUAGAAAAAUUCUGAAGUCAGCCAUGAAGCCGGGCUGCAAAGCGGGUAAGCUGUAUUUAUGACAAAAUCUGCUCCAGUGGUUCGAUUUUGGUGCAGGCGAAAAAAUCGCGAAUGCUCGUACAUGUGCUGAUUCAAACGGUCAUAACUUUUGAAAAAUCGAAAACGUACAGGGGUUUUUGCAUAGUUUUGCCUAUAAAGGUCUAAACUUAACGGCUGUGUAGGAUAGAAUCGUCAACCAGGUCCCAAAUCCCAAAACUUAGCGUCUAAAUCAAGGUUAUUUACGGCCAUCGGCCGAUGGCGAUUUCUAGUGGUCAGAAUAUGCUAAAAUUCGCCUUUUCAAAUAUGUUGAGAGGGCAAAUUCUAACUUUCUUGGCAAACUAGAAAGGUUUAUAAGCAAUCUGAUAUAAAUUCUGUGGCUUAACUAUGCGAAUCAAAUAUUUUACAAUGUUACAAAAUAUGCCUAUUUUUCAAUUUUCGAGACGUUGCUACGGCCCUUACGGACUGGGAAAUAAUUAUGGCCCCUAAUGCAGUCAGAAAAUUAUUUCGAAUCAAACCAGAUCUAAUUUAGUUCUUUCCUAGGUAAAGUCUUUCUGUUAACAGAGUUUCAGGCAAAAUUAUUUUUGACGUAAAAUUGACCGGUGGAAAUAAGGGAGACAGCCUCUUAAAAUAUUUUUUAAUUACAUUAGUAUUAAUUAGUAUUUAUAUUCUCUAUAUUCUCCAUACAUACAUGUAGAGAAUCGAUGCGUCCUCUUCAAUUCUUAAACUUAUUAUAGCGCUUUAUGCCAGAGUAGACUCUACCCCCACAUUCAUCUAUAUAUAUAUAUAUAUAUAUGUAUGUAUGUAUGUAUAUAUAUAUACCGAUUAGAAUUAGAGGCAUAAACUAUACUCAUGCACGUGGAGAGAAGGUCCUAGACAAGGAGAAUAUAGUCCAUAGACAAGGAGAAUUUGUCUAACAAUCAAGAGUUUCUUUUGUUGGUGAUCAUUUCCUCUAUUAUCAUGACAUUAAUGUGUGAUUCAGGGGUGAUAUUGUAAGGAGAAAAUAGAUGCUAGUCACUCUUAGGGGUUAAAGGGUUAAAUUAUCUGUAAAAGUUUGUGGCCUUAGUGAUUAUGGUGAGGGAAGGAUAAUGUUCAAUUUUUCUUUUCUGUAAAACUUUGCAGACAAACUGGAGUCCCCUUCAUCUUGUUGUAAGUGAAAGUAAGCGUGAGCUUGUCAACAUGGUGUUAGAACGUGUACUGAUAUAAUUUUGUAAAACAUUGCAGACAAAAUGGACUCCUCUUCAUCUUGUUGUAACUGAAAGAGAGGGUGAUAUGGAGCUCGUCAACAUGCUGUUAGAACAUGGAGCUAAAACCAACCUGGGUGAUUCUGUAUGUUAAUGAUAUUUUCUAUGCAUUAUUUUCGAAGCAUUAUCAGUCCUCGACACUCCUUCUAAGUUCUAUCAUUUCUGUAAGUCAUUUUUCAUCUAUCCUUCUCAGGCUGCAUCUUAUUUCCUGUUGUAUUGCCCAUAAUUGUCUUCUUUCCUUCAAAUAUUCCUUACUUCAUAGUAAUCCACCAUAAGUUUGCCUAAUUACUUCAAUCCUUCCUUCCCCACUUCCUUCUAUUCAGCCCCGUUCAUCCCCCCAGCACUACUUGACCAUCUCUCACUCCAUUGAAAUGUAAACUCACCCUGAGCUUCACCAUGGCACCAAAUACCACAGUUUGGGUUUUACUAAACUUCUUCCCUUCUAUCGUUCCCAUACCCUAUAUUUUAUCUUUCUUCCCUCUCCCUUGCAUUUUACCUAAUCAUUCUGCCUUUAAUAGACAAUUUAUAAUCCACUUUUGAAUUAGAGGCGUGAAAAAUUCUGUCCUCAAAGCGCGAGCGUUUGCGUAGAGAACUCGAUCACAUCCAGAGACAUGUAUUUACGGGCAAUUGCACGGACUUCGGUCCUCUGACUCUAGUCUAUUUCACUGUACAUUAUUAUAAUUUUUGUUCGUAUAGCUUGUGUCAGUCAAGGCUGUGAUAGGCCAGGCGUAAAAAAUUGUUGGACAGGCGUGAGCUGGCGCGUGAGAUCGGUGUUUUCACUAAGUUCGAAGGCAUAUACUUGAGUUGGCAGAUGUACAUGCAUCAUACUUGCUUGUCUCUCUCCUGUCUAGCUUCAUCAUAUCUUCUUCGUCGCUUAUCCUAUGUUACCUCAUACCAACAAAUGUAUUUUUCUCUUAACAUCUUAGUUUGGUUUUACGCCCCUUCACUUGGCAGUUGAAAAAGGAUACUCGGAGGCUGUGGAGAGAUUUUUAAACAAUCCGCAUAGUCCAGCUGACUGCAACAAGACAAGCCAUGUAAGGAUACUGUAAAGCGUUAGCUUAAUGCGUAUUUUGAUAACAUUUAUGGGGGUGACCAGGGAUUUCUUCCAAAGUUUUACAAAAUCCAUAGUUUUACACAAUUCAAUGGAAAAAAUCAGACCAACUCAGUGCUGCCUAAAAUAUAUUGCUUUUUGCUCGUAGGAAGCUAAAACCCCAAAAAUGUAAUUUGUGAUAAUCCUGAAUGAGUGUAACUUGCUUCUUUUAUACCGGCACAGGGGCAUUAUGGGAUAAACAAAUAAGGGAUCAGACAUUUUUUUUAUCGCCAGCAAGGGAGAGGGGGGGAGGGAGAACCGAAGAAAAUUGACUGCCAACCGGGUAAGGGGGAGACUGGGGGUUCAGGUAAAUGUUAUUACGCACACGACACAACCAAAAUCGGGUGACUUCCCCGCGGUGAUAAAUAAAGACGACGGGUUCCUUAGUGUUCGUAAACUGUGGCAGCCAUGCAGGUUUCCAUCUCGUAUAAAUAAGUACUAGCAGACUUUUUGUGAAACCAUGCUAAGAAAGCUGGGAUAAGCUCAUUCCCCUGGACGAUUUAGAUGUUUCAAUUUCUGACCAUGCCUUUUUGUCUCUUCCUGAUUGGGUCCUCGUUCCUCAAGGGGAAGGAAACAGCACUCGAUAUUGUUGAGAGGAGAUUGAGAGAAGAACGACCUGAAGACGCUGGCGCAAUGCUUACGAAAAGUGAAACCUCUAAGAUAAGAGAACUCAGCAAAGUUGCAAGUUAUUUGAAAAAUGACCAAGUUGCUGAUCAACUUUUUGUUGAUGGCCCAUCCAGCUUAACAAUCAAUGUGCCACCAGGUUAGUUUCAGUUGAAUUAUGGGACUCCGUCAUCUUAUUUGAAUACUUGAGAACGGGUUUACUUCACUUAACUUGAUUGGAUCUUUCUUUUUAUCAAUAAAAAACACUCACAAACGACAUAGUUAGCACCUUUUAACGUGGUCCAAGAAUGAAGACGCUCACCUUAAGACAAAGAAACCGCCACUAUGAUGCCAUGCACUGUUUAAGCAUUCUAUUUAUUGGUUAAUGUUAUUUUCUUAUUAUUUUUUAUAGCUUCAACCGUACAUGUGGACGUCAAAGAAGCACAGACUGUUGUUGUGGGAGAUCAUAAUUCAAUAUCUAACAACAAUAGGAACUAA